CUAAGUCGCAUUUCGACGCCAUUUUUACCAACAGUAACAGACGCCAUCUUUACCAAAACGAAAAACCGGAUGAGAUUUCCAUUUCAUUGUUUCUGAUUUUAAGCCCAGUGUACCCAAGGUUAUACAUCACACCUGUCUAUAUCCAGAAAUCAACAUGCAUAUCAGAGACCUGAUAUGAGACCUGCCCCAGGACUUACUCACAUACCAGACGCACAGGGCGCAGAAUGGAUGAAGCUUCGGCGAAUGAAUCUGGGGUUGCGAGCAGUGAAGGACGGGCUCCAGUAAAGGGAAAUGAAGAAGGUCCUUCCAGUCGGCCGUCUGUGAGUGGACUUCAGGUUGCACAAACGCCUGAAGAGCAAUGCGUAAACGAAACAAUUCUACACAAGAUGGCUGAAAAGCUUGGUCGGAAUUGGAAAGCAUUGGCCAUUUAUCUCGGCAUUACCAGCUCUGAGGUUGACGCUAUCGUGGGUGAUAUCCCGAAUGACACUGUACAUCAAGGUUUCAACAUGCUCGUGAAAUGGACACAGUCUCAGUCCCUCAGCGUCAAAGACCAGAUGACCAAAUUAUGCACAGCGCUGACAGACAUUAAAAGAGUCGACAUUGCCAACAUGGUGCAGGGUAUACAGACAAGCGCUCUAUCGGGCCCCGAUCAACUGGAGAUUUGCCAAGAUCUGUUGUUCACUUUCUACGAUCAGCACAAGGCUUUUAUCCCAAAGUUUAUAUCCUCGUCUAUGCUGCCAGUUUUAAGUAUUGAUGACUUCUACAUCCCUUUACAGUUACUUAAGAGUGGGCAGCAUGUAACACGUAAAGAUGUUAGGAUGAAACGGACGACUAGAAUCUUGAAUAGACCCACAACUGAACCAUUACACACGUGGGAAGAAUUUUAUGACGAGAAAGGGGUAGGAAAGAAAAUGAUUCUUCUCUCAGGCGGGGCUGGAUAUGGCAAGUCGACCAUUUUGGUCAAAAUAGUAAGGACCUGGAAAAAAGGCGAGGGGUCAACAGUAGGCAAAUUCAAGCUCAUGUUCUUGUUAAGGUUGGACAAGAUGGCAACAGGCUGUGUCCUAGAUGCUAUUUAUGAUCAGCUGUUACUGCGCACUGACAAGCUCAAAAAGUCCGAUUUGAAAAGAGUUAUCAGUGACAACGAAGCCGAUAUCGCAUUCUUGCUCGACGGGUUAGACGAAAUACCAUCCAGUGCUUUAAAGUCGAAAGAGGGUGAAUACCCAAUCGGUGAUUUACUGGGAAACAAGGUUUUGCUGAAAAGUUGUGUGUUGGUGACAACUCGCCCACACAUGGUUGAGCGUGUCAUCAAGGGCUUCCCAGAUUAUGCGAGGGUAGAAACGGUAGGAUUCACUGUCAAAAACAGAAACAAGUACAUUGAAACCCACUUUCCAAACGACCUCACCAUCGCUAGAGAUUUAAUCUCGUGGUUGGAUUCCAACCAAUCUCUCCAGGAACUGUCACAAUGUCCGAUCAUUGCACGCAUGCUAUGUUUGCUUUGGCUGAACAGACCCGACGCGUCGAAACCGUUGCCAGACAAAUUAACGACAGUGUACAAAGAGUUUGUAGAAGCUCUAAUUAAGCGCUGCCACAGUGCAAGUGACACUGGUGAAAAUAAAAGUGGCGUUCAGCAACUGAUGAGAACAAUCCUCGAGGGGCUAGGAGAAGUCUCCUUACAGGGCCUUCUAGAAGAAGACACAGUAUAUUUUAACCCAAAAGAUUUCGCUGGGCGUGAUGUAGUUUUGAAGAAUGGCCGGGAAACAGGUCUCUUGCAAAAAGAAAAGGUCGCAAGUGGCUUGAGUGAUGUUGAGGUGGUUACUUUUCUCCACAAGUCCUUCCAAGAAUACUGUGCAGCAUACCAUCUUACAAGCCUGCUCACUAAGGACGGAGAACAGCGGGAGGGUUUCCGCCAGAAUCUGCAAAAUAUUAUUUCAGUUGGUGUCAUGAAAAUGCAGUAUGUGUUACGGUUUUGUUGUGGCUUGUCAGAGGAGGCUGCUGGUCUCAUUCUGAGCCAGAUGAGAAGGAAGGGAAGUGACGACGUAGAUCAGCAAUCGUUGGCACGCUUGUUGUUAUUUGAGUCUGGGUCAACAAGGUUGGCGUUCAAACUGGAGCGCCCCAAUUGGUUGAGUUGCUGGGGCCAAGAGCAAAUGGCGGCGCUGCACUUCUACCUCGAGUCCGGUAUUAAGCCGCUAAAAGGCACGUCCUUCGUCAUCUACUGCAGAUCGUGUGUGGACGUAAAAAUGCUUGGAGAUAUCUUCCGGAGUUGCAAAAGUAAGCUAUGGACUUUGAUCGUUGAAUGUGUCUUGUCAGAUCAAGGAGUUGAUAUGUUGCAGACGCUUGAGAAGGUACUUAGAACAGCAGAUAAGGUGUUGCUAAGCAGGAAGUUGAUGUGUAUAAAGGUCAAGAUUUUUGCAGAGUCAGAUUACGGAGCUCAGAACCUUCUAAAGUGUAUCUCCCAUGUGCCUAGUCAAGUAUGGAAUAUCUGUGUAUCAAAAAGAUCCCCAGAAGAUGUGUACGCAUUACUGGAUGCGCUAAAAGAUCAUGCCUUACAGAGCUUCUCUGUAGACAGUGUCAACAUGCAUGGUCGUGUGCCUGCCUUGGGUCUUCUUGUUAGUUCCUCUCUAAAAUCACUGGGGAUAACUGACUGUGAACUGGAUGAUGAUGAUGCCAAAGACUUGAUGGGCAUUCUCCCUGCUGGCCAUGGUUUGACAGAUCUUUACCUGGAUGACAACGUAUUCAGCAUGGAUGCAGUGGAGGCUCUUGCGAGUCAUUUUCAGCAUCUUCCCGAGCUGUGUGACUUGUCGCUGGAUAACGUCGGUAAUGAAGACCGCGUUGAGCAAGUGCUUAAGCAAAACAUUCCUCAACUGGAAGCAAACGCGACGAAGGCAUCUCAGUGGUUUCCAUGUAGCUCGUAUGAAGAUGCAGAGCAACUGAAGCAAAGUUUUUCGACGAGUGGCAGGGUUGCCUCCAGUGGAUGGAUAGUCAUCUAUUAUAUCAUGUCUGAGCGAGGGAAUGAGGAGAUGGAAUUGUUUGAGAAAACACUCAGUACGCUUGACGAACGGCUCCUUGGGAGGUUGGAAUUCUCGCUCACUGUUGUGGAAGGGAGUGUCUACGAUGUUGAGCAACUCACAAAAUUCAGUUGCCGUUUGUCCUCUCUGGUGGAGAGAUUCAAACUCUUCAUGCGUGAACGACCAGCAGCAGAUGUUAUUCGCCUGCUGGACUCAGUAACCGGGGAGUGUUGUUUGACGAAUCUCGAGAUAACUGGCACCAACAUGCAGGGCAACGUGAUUCAUCUUGCUCCCCUCAUUGGUCCAUCCUUGGAGAAGUUGAAACUAGCCGAAUGUGGACUGAAUGACGAUGACGUCGGAUACUUGAAAUACAUACUCCCAGCUGGGCAGGAUGGCUUGGAAGAGCUCGAUCUUUCUUACAACGAGUUCAGUCUAGAGGCAGUGAGGGCUCUGACUAAACAUCUCCGAAGCUUCCGGUACCUAACCGAGGUGUGGCUCUGGAGCAAAUGUGUUGAUGACGCUGUCGUUAAGCAGGUUAUUCGAGAAUUUCUUCCCAAUCUGUUGGCAUGAAUAUGACCACUGCAAUCAAAGCACACAGUUGAAGCCACAGUCCAUGGUAUGCGUGCAGACUGGACUCGCAGUUAUACAAGACAUUGGCCUUAGACAUUAGCGGAUGAGAAUGGGGGGGGCAAGAAGGCAAAGCUAAAUUAAUUAUUAAAUUAUAUUUCUAUUUUUUAUAUAGACUAUAUAUAGGACUACUUCAUGCCCAUUCCUACUGAAAGCUUUCAAAGUGCCUGCAAUUUUAGCCUCAUAACAAGAAAGGCUAUUGGAUAUUACAUUAAAAAGUCCCCCCCCCCAUUUGAUUCGGGAUCCGCCCUAGCCCCAAGACCGUAACAAAUUAUAUAGCGGAAAAUGAAUUAGUUUACUCAAAAGUAAUCGUUACGUGACGAAAGAACAGGUUAUGGGCAAGUAAAUAGGACAUAAUGCCAUCCUUAAGCCAGUGAUGUAGUCGAGUACUUUUUGAGAUCCAAGUUCUCUACCAAAUAUUUAACU